AUGCCGCACCCGAAAUACGACUUUCCUGCUGGAUCCUGGCACACCAGUGAUAUCAUUUACAAUAUUAUCAAAUCCCUCAUUCCUCACGAGCAGCCUUGGAUGUUGGUCUGGAUGAAUGGAUACUUGUCCCAUUUUGCGAGAUGUCGAAGCGACACGGUACGUUUAAAAGAGCACGGGCAGGAUGUACUGGUGUUGGAGAAGAUGAAUGCAACAUAUCAAACUGUCGGCGACCCGUACCGUGGCGCGGUUGCGGUUGCUGCAGGUGCUAUGGCGCUAGCUGUUACUGGCGAUUCAACUGCUGGCUUGAGAACAAGAUGUUGGUAA